AUGACCGAAACUACUUCCAAUGUCAAGGCUGCCAUCGAGGAGGUCGCUUCUGCUCCGACGGACGCCAAGGUUCCAGAUCCCGAGGGCGAAGGAUACCCGCCUCUGGGCCAAAACGAGCCUACGAAAGAGGAAAAGGGAACUCCGAAAGAUGUUCCAACCUCGGGGACCAAGCCACAAGAUAUUACCCUCAAUCCGUUUGAGGAUAGGCCAAGUGUGGUCCACCUUGAGGACGAGGUGUCGAGCAUAUCAAAGGAGGCUCAGAGGAUUGCCUCGAUCGCCAAACCGCACAUAAAGACGGGGACAAGGGACCAACAACCUGCCUCCAGCGCUGAGCAAGCCGGCCCGGCCAUCGAAACCGUGGAUUCGACCGCUUCGAAAAAGGAGAGCACCAAGAAACGGACUAAACGUACAUAG